GAUGGCACAAAUUCUCCAUUCUUAACACACACAAGUCUAGCACUAAUUACUGAAAAAAAAUGUCUUCAUCACUUCCGGCGUCGUUGGCUCAACAUUCCAGUUCCGGCGAGAACCGUCGCUCCGCCAACUUUCAUCCUAGCAUUUGGGGGGAUAUUUUCCUUUCACCUCCCUCUGAAAUGAAUGUGGAUACUGAAACUCAACAGGAACACGAUGAACUAAAGCAAAAAAUAGAGAGGAUGCUCAUGGUGGCUACGGAUGAGCCGAUUCACAAAUUGCAGUUAAUCGAUACGAUUAAACACAUUGGUAUAAGUUACCAUUUCGAAAGAGAGAUAGAGGAUGCUUUACGGGAUAUUCAUCAUCACUACCAAUACGAAGCUGACCAUAGUCUCGAGGAUACUUGUCUUAUGUUUCGACUACUUAGAGAGAAUGGCUUCAAUGUUCAAUCUGAAAUAUUCAACAAGUUCAAAGAUGAGAAUGGAAACUUCAACGUGUCCUUGACGAGAGAUGUCAAAGGGUUGCUACAACUUUAUGAGGCUUCUCAUUUGAAUGUUGAUGGAGAGAAUAUACUAGAAGAGGCUCUUGCAUUCACCACCACUCAGCUAGAGCUUGCCAAAGGGGAUGAUGGCCUAAUUUCAGCACUUGUGUCCCAUGCCCUAAACCGACCUAUCCGAAAGAGCUUGCCAAGGUUGGAGGCAAGGCACUAUAUUCCCCUAUAUCAACAAAAUGAUUCACAUGACAAAACGUUGUUGAAGUUUGCGAAGUUGGAUUUCAACUCAUUACAAAAUCUGCACAAGGAAGAGCUAAGCAACAUCUCUAGGUGGUGGAGAGAUUUAGAUUUUACGACAAAACUACCAUUUGCUCGAGAUAGAUUGGUCGAAUGCUACUUUUGGAUAUUGGGGGUGUACUUUGAGCCGCAAUACUCUUUUGCCAGAGAGAUACUGACAAAAGCAAUCACCAUGGCAUCAACCAUGGAUGACAUAUAUGAUGUGCAUGGUACAUUUGAAGAACUCCAACUCCUUACAAAUGCCAUUCAGAGGUGGGAUAUUGAUUGUUUAGAUAAACUCCCAGAAUAUAUGAAAAUUUUCUUCAAAGCACUCUUAAAUCUUUAUGAAGAAAUGGAGGAAGCGAUGUCAAAGCAAGAAAAAUCAUACAGAGUUCAUUAUGCAAAAGCAGCAAUGAAACAAUUAUCACAAUCUUAUUUCGUUGAGGCCAAAUGGUACAACGAAAACCACGUACCAACAAUAGAAAAAUACAUGAAAAAUGCAUUGGUGUCAUGUGGCUACAUCAUGCUUACAAUCACAUCUUUUGUUGGAAUGGGAGACAUUGUUACGGAAGAAACCUUCAAUUGGGCAUCGAACAACCCUAAGAUCAUCAUAGCUUCAUCGACGAUCUCCCGUCUCAUGGACGAUAUCGUUUCACACAAGUUCGAGCAAGAGAGAGGAGACGUUGCAUCGGCCGUCGAGUGCUUCAUGAAGCAACACGGAGUUUCGGAAGAAAAUGCAUGCCAAGAGUUGAAUAAGCUGGUUGAGAAUGCUUGGAAGGAUAUAAACCAGGAGCUGCUGAUUGAACCAACUGCUGCUGCUGCUGCGGUUCCAUUGCCGGUACUCACUCGCGUUCUGAAUCUGGCUAGGGUUAUGGAUUUCCUGUACAAGGAAGGAGAUGGAUAUACGCACGUUGGAAAUGUUGUGAAGACCGGAAUCGCAUCGUUGUUGAUUCAUCAAGUGCCGAUUUGAUGAAGGUAAUGCAUUUGUGGACCUGAAAUUCCCAGAAACAAAAUGACAAACCAACAAAAAGACACAAAGAAGGCCGUGCCGUACGAAUCAAGGAAAUAUAAUAAUUUUGGUUUGACGACAAACAUUCAGAUGAAGUAACUGAAUAUUAUAAUAACUUAAAUGUAUUUUGAAUUCUGUACUUUUUUUUAUUGCUCA